CAUGGUGCUGGGUCACUCAGGAUUCCAGCUCCCACCUGCUGCAGACCUGCUCUCUUCCUGGCCUGGCAUUGGUGUGGCACUGCAGCCCAGUGAGCUUUAGUGGGCAUACAUAGAUAGCUGUACAUAUGUUAUAUAAUAUGUUUCACCAGGACAUAGCUGACCUGUUACUGUUAUACAGUGAAUAUCUGUCUGACCAGCACGUGGCUCCACAGCCCAGGGAGUUACCCACUGCACAGCACAGAGGGGGUCAGGGGGCACAGACCCCUGCACAGCGCAGAGGGGGUGAGGGGACACAGACCCCUGCACAGCGCAGAGGGGGUGAGAGGACACAGACCCCUGCACAGCACAGAGGGAGUGAGAGGACACAGACCCCUGCACAGCGCAGAGUGGGUGAGAGGACACAGACCCCUGCACAGCACAGAGGGAGUGAAAGGACACAGACCCCUGCACAGCACAGAGGGAGUGAGAGGACACAGACCCCUGCACAGCACAGAGGGAGUGAGAGGACACAGACCCCUGCACAGCGCAGAGGGAGUGAGAGGACACAGACCCCUGCACAGCACAGAGGGAGUGAGAGGACACAGACCCCUGCACAGCGCAGAGGGGGUGAGAGGACACAGACCCCUGCACAGCACAGAGGGAGUGAGAGGACACAGACCCUUGCACAGCACAGAGGGAGUGAGAGGACACAGACCCCUGCACAGCACAGAGGGAGUGAAAGGACACAGACCCCUGCACAGCACAGAGGGAGUGAAAGGACACAGACCCCUGCACAGCACAGAGGGAGUGAGAGGACACAGACCCCUGCCCAGCGCAGAGGGGGUGAGGCACAGCACAGAGGGAGUGAGAGGACACAGACCCCUGCGCAGCGCAGAGGGGGUGAGAGGACACAGACCCCUGCACAGCACAGAGGGGGUGAGGGGACACAGACCCCUGCACAGCGCAGAGGGGGUGAGAGGACACAGACCCCUGCCCAGCACAGAGGGAAUGAGAGGACACAGACCCCUGCACAGCGCAGAGGGGGUGAGAGGACACAGACCCCUGCACAGCACAGAGGGGGUGAGGGGACACAGACCCCUGCACAGCACAGAGGGGGUGAGGGGACACAGACUCCUGCACAGCACAGAGGGAGUGAGAGGACACAGACCCCUGCACAGCACAGGGGGAGUGAGAGGACACAGACCCCUGCACAGCGCAGAGGGGGUGAGGCACAGCACAGAGGGGGUGAGGGGAGACAGACCCCUGCACAGCACAGAGGGGGUGAGGGGACACAGACCCCUGCACAGCACAGAGGGGGUGAGAGGAGACAGACCCCUGCACAGCACAAAGGGGGUGAGGCACAGCACAGAGGGUGUGAGGGGGCACAGACCCCUGCCCAGCACAGAAGGGGUGAAGUGGCACAGACCAGCAAGGAGCCAAUGAAGAAGAGGCGGUGCCAUGACAGAGCCGCAAGUCCUGUUGAGAAAGCUGCUAGAGCAGAAUACAGAAGGGUAGACCCAGGGGAUGAAGAGGAGACAUCAGACCCAGAAGGGGGUCCAACUGCAGUGAGAGCACAAAGGUUUUCGGAUGAAGAGAAUGACAUCUUGGUCCGGAGAGUGCUGGAAUCUUAUGACCUCAUCUCUGGCUGCUGGGCUCACGUGACCUCAACCGAGAGAAGACAGGCAAUAUGGAAGAGCAUAGCUGAGGCCUGCAGCGCCGUGGCGAUAGAGACACGGACAGUCGAACGUUGCAAGAAGAGGUUCAGCGACUGUAAGAGAUAUAUAAAGAAGAAAAUGGGCCACAUUCCCAUUCCUAAUAGAGGUCCCGGUGGUGGUGAACCGCUGCUUACUGUCUGGCAAGAGAGGCUCAGAGAACACAUGAUAUCUCAUCCUGAAGAAGGACUUUCCACAGUUAUCGACACCCAUGAUCCAGCUACGUUGGCCGACCCGGCAUCUGAGAGGCGUCAAGAGAGUCCAUGGAUGAACAGACCCCGGGAGAUACCACCACAGAAGGGUGGCAAGUACUGUAUUAUAAAUGUUUCUCUUACGUCCUAG